GGCGCUCCCAGCGGCCGGCGGAGCCUCAUUUGUUCCCCUUGACAGCCCCGGAGGCUGCCGGCCGCUUCGCCACCCCCAGUUCCCAGAUCUGCACCCCUCUCUCUCCUGACUCUCCGCCCGGCCUCGAGUGACCCGCGGACGGGGGCCGCCCUCCCUGCCCAGGAUCUACCAUGGCCUCGCUGGCGACUCGGCCCCCCGGGGGGGCCCGCGGGACUGCCCCCCUCGGCAGCCUCCUGCUCCUGCUCCUCAGCCCCGGGUGGGGGCAGCCCUGGCCGGACCAGGCCGGAGAGACAGGACAGGAGGCUGCGCUCCCAGACCCGGUCUUGGCCAAUGCGUCCAGCUUCGCCAGCCUCCCCCCAGGCCUCCUCCUUGGCUUCUCGUGCGCCGAGGUGUCCGGCCUGAGCACGGAGCGUGUCCGGGAGCUGGCCUUGGCCGUGGGGCGGAAGAAUGUCACACUCCGAGUGGAUCAGCUGCGCUGCCUGGCGCGCGGGCUCUCUGCGCACCGCGUGCCUGAGGACCUGGACGCCUUCCCGCCGGACCUGCUGCUGUUCCUCGACCCGGCCGGGCUCUCGGGGCCCCAGGCCUGCGCCCGCUUCUUCUCCCGCGUCUCUGCGGCCAGCGUGGACCUGCUCCCACGGGCGGCUCCGGAGCGGCAGCGGCUGCUGGCCGCAGCUCUGGCCUGCCGGGGUGUGCGGGGGUCCCGGGUGAGCGCGGCUGACGUGCGGGCUCUGGGCGGCCUGGCCUGCGACCUGCCCGGGCGCUUCGUGGCUGACUCGCCGGCGGCCCUCCUCCCCCGGCUGGCCGGCUGCCCCGGACCCCUGGACCAGGACCAGCAGGAGGCAGCCCGGGCUGCCCUGCAGGGCGGAGGACCCCCCUACGGCUCCCCGUCGACGUGGACAGUCUCCACCCUGGACACCCUGCAGGGCCUGCUGCCCGUGCUGGGCCCGGACACCAUCCGCAGCAUCCCCAAGGGCGUCAUGACCUCGUGGCUGCAGCGCACCUAUGGGAGCCCGUCCUGGCAGCGGCUGGAGCUGACCCUGGUCCUCCCGAGGUUCCGCCGGGACGCAGAGAACAUGACCUGCCCCCCGGGGCGGGAGGCCCGCGUGGUGGACGAGAACCUCGUCCUCUACCAGGACUGGGAGCUGGAGGCCUGUGUGGACGGGGCCCUGCUGGCCGCCCAGAUGGACCGCGUGAACGCCAACCCCUUCACCUACCAGCAGCUCGACAUCUUUAAGCGCAAGCUGGACAAGGUCUACCCGCACGGCUACCCCGAGUCCCUCGUCCAGCGGCUGGGCUGCUUCUUCCUCAGGAUGAGCCCCCAGGACGUCCGCAAGUGGAACGUGACGUCCCUGCGCACCGUCCACGCUCUGCUCCGCGUCAGCAGGGGCAGGAGGGUGGAUGCCCAGGUGGCCGCCCUGAUUGCACGAUACGUGUCGGGAGGCGGCCAGUUGCACAGGGACACCCUGGACGCCCUGGCUGGCUUCCGCCCCGCCUACCUGUGCUCCUUCAGCCCCGAGCAGCUGGGCGCUGUGCCCCCCAGCAUCCUCUGGGCAGUGGAGCCCCAGGACCUGGACACGUGCAGCCCGAGGCAGCUGGGCGUCCUGUACCCCAAGGCCCGCCUGGCCUUCCGGAACGUGAGCGGGGCUGUGUACUUGCUGAAGAUCCAGUCCUUCCUGGGCGGGGCCUCCACGGAGGACCUACGGGUGCUCAGCCAGCGGAACGUGAGCAUGGACGUGGCCACCUUCAGGAAGCUGCCGAAGGAGGCUGUGGUGGGGCUGACGGUGCUCGAGGUGCAGAGACUCCUGGGGCCGCACGUCGGGGGCCUGACGGCCGAGCAGCGGCGCAGCCCGGUGUGGGACUGGAUCCUGCGGCAGCGGCAGGACGACCUGGACGCCAUGGGGCUGGGGCUGCAGGGCGGUGUCCCCAACGGGUACCUGGUCCUGGACCUCGGGGGGCGGCGCCGGCAGGCGGAGGCGGACGGGCCUGAGCCCCGCUCUCUCCCAGGGGCCCUGUCCGGGGGGCGCCGCCUACUCGGCCCCGGCCCUGUGCUCUCUGCCACCCUGACUCUGCCCCUGGCUUUGGGCCGGCACUGAGGCCGCCACACGAUGCCCCCACCCCUGGUCCCACCGCAGAGCCCCACCCAGCCAGGAGCAGGCCUGAGUGGUCCCUGUGCAGGCGAGAGGCUUCGGCUCAAUAAACAGCAUGUGCUCACUGCA